AUGCAAAUCACAGGCAAAUGCUACUCUGGUGACUUCAAGGCUUCCCCGAGAGUCCCUUUCGUCCUCUGGUUGUGGAUAUUGUCUGCUAAACCAGGUGAAAGAUGUACUUUGUUAGAACACAUCUUGAAAUUUUUGUAUCUCUUGCCUUCUCUCUCUUUCUCUCUUGUGUCUUGGCCCCCUUUGUCCCCAUGUGCACACUGCCAGCUGCUGAAGGCUCUAACCCCACAGGAGAACACCCAGUCUCAACAAGGCCUCUACUUCCUGGACGGUCAGCGGCGCGUGGACUACGUCCUCACCUACCCCGUGAAGAAGUCGACCGUGGGCCGCUCUGGCCGACAGGCGACGCACCUACUUACCGAAAAUGCUGUCGCCCGCAGCCUACGCCGCGGCUACCAGAGCCGCGACCAACACAUCCGACAUCACCAAGCACCAAGGGCGAAGGACCCAUCGUCCCCGCCUUCGUCACCGGGGACAGACGUGGAGCUGGGCUGUCUAGCAGAGACCCUCAAUGGCCAAGAGGAUCACAAGAUUCUCAGGAGGGAGGAGUUUGAGGGGAAACUGAGAGACAUGGGGCUGGAGCUGGAGAAAGACGAGGACACCAAGAUUUCAGGGGUGGCCUUUGUGAAGAUUCAUGCUCCGUGGAACAUUCUCUGUCGAGAGGCCGAGUUAAUGAAGCUGAAGAUGCCCACCAAGAAGGUGUAUGAAGUCAAGCAGUUGUGCGGUGUGGUGGAGAAGAUCAGCUCCCUGGUCAGUAAAGUCGUGGAACCUCUCCACCCUCAAGUUGAGGAACAUCAACCCAAGAACAUCAAACACCUGUCACACACUUUCUCCAGAGAGAAACAGCACCUGUUUGACCUCUCAGACAAAGAUUUCUUCUUCGACAGCAAAACGAGGAGUUCAAUAGUGUUUGAAAUAUUAAAAAGAACAAAAUGCAAGGCCAAGUACAGCAUGGGGAUCACCACUCUCCUGGGUAAUGGUGUCUAUACAGCUGCUUAUCCUCUUCAUGAUGGAGAUAUUAAUGAGGAGAGCGCAGUCCCCAAUGACAGAAAGCUUUUGUAUGAAGAGUGGGCGAACUACAGUGUCUUUUACAAGUACCAGCCCAUCGGACUUGUGCGGAAGUAUUUUGGUGAAAAGAUCGGUCUGUACUUUGCCUGGUUGGGUUUGUACACCCAGAUGCUGAUUCCUGCCUCUCUAGUGGGGGUCAUUGUGUUUCUGUAUGGAUGUGCAACAGUCGAUGACAACAUACCAAGCAUGGAGAUCUGCCACCCGAGGAACAACAUCACCAUGUGUCCUCUGUGUGACCGAGUGUGCAGCUACUGGAAGCUUAGCACGGCCUGUGCAACCGCCCGGGCCAGUCACCUGUUUGACAACCCCGCCACCGUUUUCUUCUCCAUAUUCAUGGCUCUGUGGGCUGCCAUGUUCAUGGAGCACUGGAAGAGGAGGCAGAUGAGACUGAACUAUGAAUGGGACCUGACUGGGUUUGAAGAUGAGGAGGAAGCUCUCAAGGACCACCCCAGGGCCGAAUAUGAAUUCAGAGUCAUGCAGAAGUCUCUGAGCAAAGAUCAGAAAUCACAGCACAAGAUUGAAAAGCUCACAUGUCAAGACCGCCUUCCAGCCUACAUGACUAACAUUGUCAUGAUGCUGUUAAUGAUCGGUGUUACGUUUGCCAUCGUCUUUGGCGUGAUCCUCUACCGGAUCUCCACCAAAGCCGCCCUUUAUAUGAGCUCCAAUCCGGUCACAAGGAGCAACGCACAACUGACGGUUAAAACCACUGCGGCAAUCAUUAACCUGGUGGUCAUCCUCAUACUGGAUGAGGUGUACGGAGCUGUGGCACGAUGGCUCACUGUGUUAGAGGUUCCUAAAACAGACAAGAGUUUUGAGGAACGACUGAUCUUCAAGACCUUUAUUCUCAAGUUUGUCAACGCUUUCACCCCCAUCAUCUACAUUGCUUUCUUCAGGGGAAGACUGGUAGGCAGACCAGGCAGCUACCUGUAUGUGUUUGAAUCCUACAGAAUGGAAGAGUGUGCUCAUGGAGGCUGUUUGAUGGAGCUCUGCAUCCAGCUGAGCAUCACCAUGUUGGGAAAGCAGCUAAUUCAGAACAACCUUUUUGAGAUUGGCGUACCCAAGCUGAAGAAGUUGAUUCGCUACAUUCGGUCAAAGCAAGGGGCCUUUCAAGAAGAAGAGAGACAGAAGAAACUGCAGAGAUAUGAAACUGACCACUUCCUGGAGCCGUUUGCCGGGUUAACACCUGAAUACAUGGAAAUGAUCAUCCAGUUUGGCUUUGUCACACUGUUCGUGGCAUCCUUCCCCCUGGCUCCGCUCUUCGCUCUGCUCAACAACAUCAUUGAAAUACGACUGGACGCCAAGAAAUUUGUGACGGAGCUGCGAAGACCAGUGGCAGCAAGAGCCAAAGACAUUGGUAUAUGGUACAACUUACUAAGAGGGGUAGCAAAUGUGGCCGUCAUCAUUAAUGCGUUUGUCAUCUCCUUCACCUCAGACUUUAUCCCUCGGAUGGUCUACCAGUACAUGUACAGCCCCGACGGCUCCAUGCAUGGAUUUGUCAACAACACGCUGUCCUACUUUAACGUCAGUCACUUCCAGCAAGGCAAAGAGCCCAUGGACCCGUUGUACCUUGGCCACCCCGUCGAGAUGUGCAGGUAUAAGGACUACAGAGAACCCCCUUGGUCAACCACUCCAUAUGAGAUAUCAAAGGAAUUCUGGGCAGUGCUGGCUGUCCGACUGGCUUUUGUCAUUGUUUUCCAGAACGUUGUGAUGCUCAUGAGCGACAUUGUGGACUGGCUGAUUCCAGACAUCCCUAAAGACAUCAGCCUCCAGAUCCACAAGGAGAAGAUUCUCCUGGUGGACCUCUUCCUGAAAGAGGAGCAAGGCAAGACCCGUAAUCUUGAGAGCAGGUCCUGUACAGAGGGUAAGAAGAACUGCAGGAGCAGCAGCAGCAACAACAGCAGCAGCAGCAGCACGGUCGCUCAGCCACACUCGGGUCUGCACACCAACAGCACUAAUAGCCUCUAGCGCUAGCUACACUGAACACUUCCUUCAGUGGAGCAGUUCUCCUUUAGCGAGUCUUGCUAGCAGCCCACUAGCUCAGGCCAACCCAAACUGUGUUUUUGUCCUUGUUCAGAACAUUCCAACAACUGGGGAGAGCAGCUGGCUGAUAAGGUGCUAGAGAAGGUGAAUGUUUGGGGCCAAAUAUGUCGCAAGGUGUGCGGAGAGUUCCGAACCUGUUUCUCAAUCAGUACUCACAUUUGUGAAUGAGCACAGGAAGCUGUAGCUUUGCGUGUGUAUCAGCAUUUGUGAAUGUAUUCACAAAUCUGUAAUUUAGCAAACAGAGUUAAUAAUAUGUACAAGAAUAAUGCCUGCUCAGAAUCUCUAAAUGUACAUAUGAUUUAUAUAUGUGUAUAAGAAUCUGAGAAUGUGUACUCAAUGUAAAUGGAUUUUUAUUAAUAAGUGAAAAGUCCAAGAAUGUAAAUGAGAGCAGUCACACAAAGUGCUGCUGACUAAAUGUAGAAGAAAUGGUUUUCUGUUGUUGAAGACAGAGUUGGAACUUGUGUAUUAAUCUUGCAAGAGGCAGCUAUCAGAAACAUAAAAGGUAAAGUCAUGUAAAAGAAAACAUAACAAUAACAAUAGCAUUGCUGCUCUGUGUGUUGUGUCAACACAUUCUCAUUCCCAACUCUUCACAUAAGGAUGCUUGGUCAGGAUCUCUUGGUGUCUAUUUUUGGUUGGAGUUUUAGUUGAAACGCAGAGUGCCUUGUGUUUCAGCCGCCAAGUGUGAAGUAGAUCGGAUGAACAGUUUCUGAGAUAUGCAAAGGUGAUACUCGCAUACUUACUGUAAAAUAAUGCACAAAUACAUAAAAUGCUUUACUUUCACUCAGCACCAGCACAUCAUGUUACUGUGCCCUGCAUUCUUGUGGCCUGAUAGAAAAUGCCAAAUACUCAAAAAAAACAACUCUAAAGUUUGAUAUAUUUAGAGGAAUGGACCCGGGUAUACAGAGGCAGUACACUGAAGAUAAUUGAAGCGACACUUCCUAGCACUAGGGUGAGACGGAUCACCUCUCACAUUUACAUAUCUCAGUAACGGGAGAGUAACAAAAGUCACAUGUCAGAAGACAGCCAAUUAUAGGCACUCUUGAGGUGGAACACAAAGCUGUUUUUUCCAGCUCUUGAAGUUAAAUACUUUAAUGUUUCACUUAUUAAUAAAAGGCCAUUUACGUGUUUUCUGAAUCUUACAAACAUGUACAGAUAUCUGGAAAUGUGUCUACAUAUAGUAUUUUUGUAGGCCAACAGGAAGUUAGCAUCACACUGGUUCCCUCCACAAACAGCCAAUGGGGAUUUUUACAUUGGAUUAUUACAGAAAAUAAUCU